CGACCCUGCUAUAACGUUUACUGUCUGGCUGCGGGGUCUGAUAGCAUAACAGCUCUGCCUGACAGCUCCUCAUGGCAUUUGUGCAAUGCAGUGUCCUCCAGCGUGGCUGCACAACAAAUUAUUAACGUCAACAGCUGCAAACCGUACGUGCUGUCGACAAAAUCUUCCCGUUCCCCUGCAGACACCACCAUUGCCCCGGAAAGCUGCUCACCUACCGGAUAUGGCGAGUAACGGUUUGGCGGAAGCGUUCGCGCGAUUGUCAAACUCUGACUCGAGACUAGACGCUCUGGAAGCUUUGAUUAAGGAGUUGACGCCUUACGAGUGGAGAUUCGUCCAGUCACUUACAAGCACACGAACCUUCCAGUUCGACAUUAUCGGACGUCUCCCCGUGGAGCUUGUUUCUCAGAUAUUCUCGUAUCUUGACGCAUCCAAACCGUGGCAAUUACAACACGUAUGUCGAGCUUGGUACGAACAACUGCGAAGCUUGGAUGUGCUGAAGCCCAAUCUUGAAAGCUGGUACGACGGCACGAUCAACUUACAAGGCGUAGACCUGGAGUUCUGUCGGCGCAGAGCUCGAAGCGCCCGAGCACUUCGCAGCGGUCGAGCCCAACCAGACAGCAGUCUGAAAAUAUCAAGUCGGGUUAGCCUAACACAGCAGUUCCUUGUAAGAGACAAGUUGAUAUGGCUUGCCCAUGGUCUCCGUCAAGUGAACGUGGUCAACCUGAGGUCCAUGACGUCCAAAGUUCUCGUAGACCCAAGUCGCGGGCAGAUCGGUCAGCUUCACGCGGCUGAUGACUUGGUGGCAUUCUCUGCCCUGCUCAGAGGAGCUGUCUUUGUUGGCGAAAUAAUUGGAAACGGGCCGGUGAAGAACUUCCGAAUUCACGGCCCCAGCCAGAGGCUCGCCCUGACAUGUCGACAUCGAACGGUGGCCUGCGCAAUGCACCUAGAAGCCCAUACACGCGUCUACAUCUGGAAUUACGAUACUUCACAGUGUAGGUAUUUUGACAUCAACAGAACCGCGCUACAAAAGCCGAUGUCGAACUCAACUCGACACGGCUUGCUCCUACAGCCAUAUACUGAGACAGUCAUAUUAUGCCAAUUCUUUGUACCCGCCCGCUUCGGGGCUAGUCGCACUACGCUACUCCACUGGUGCUUCACUUACGCAGGUGAAUGCCUCCGCGGUCUUGAGCAAGCACUCGAAGGCUAUAGCGAUGAGAGCGAAGUCGCGCCUGGCGGUCUCACCUCAAGCUUGGCUUUCGUACCCGCCAGCCACGAUGGCCUAUAUAUGUUACGGUGCAACGACUGCAUGAGUAAUGGAAAACCCGCCCUCCCUUACUUACAGUACAAUGACAAAAUCCAAGCUUUCACAAGCCCUCGACACCCCAGAUUGUACCCCACCGAUUCUUGGGAUGGCGGCAAUGUCGUUUGGUGGAAAGACGCAUUCAUCGAGGGCAGCAUUGGGGAGGAGAUAGUUGUUCACAGAGGCACUGUCUCUGUUCCAAACCUUGAUCCAGAUAUAGCCUGUGGUCCCAGAGAGCACAGAACAUUCAAAGAGGUCCUCGUGAACGACACAUAUAUUGUACGGCCAUUCUUAGAUGCAUGCUAUAUCUUCUGCUACGACCACACGGUGCAGUUGCCGGGGGCGAAAGGCACACUGCAUGGUGUGGGACCUUGGGAGAUCAUCGAGAACAGAUUCCCAACAGCGAGCGAGUGUUCAUAAGAAUUCUGACGACAGCUGUCAACAGACGUGAGAAGCUCUCAAGGUCCCAGCGACACCUGAUCAUUUUUUGGGGUCCUGUUCUGCAUGAAGAAACGUAGGGUAUCGCUACGUUGAACAGAAUCAAGAUGACUGACACCUCUGAAGGCCUCCUAAGUCCAUUCUCUGACUGUGA